AUGACUGAAAAGAUGACUGAAGGUAUAACAGAAGAUAAAACAGAAGAUAUGACUGAAGAGAUGGCUGAAGCUCUUGUGUCUGUUCUUGUGUCUGUUCUUGUGUCUGUCCUUGUGUCUGUUCUUGUGUCUGUUCUUGUGCCUGUUCUUGUGUCUGUUCUUGUGUCGGUUCUUGUGUCUGUUCUUGUGUCUGUUCUUGUGUUUGUUCUUGUGCCUGUUCUUGUGUCUGUUCUUGUGUCUGUUCUUGUGUCUGUUCUUGUGUCUGUCCUUGUAUCUGUUCUUGUGUCUGUUCUUGUGUCUGUUCUUGUGCCUGUUCUUGUGUCUGUUCUUGUGCCUGUUCUUGUGUCUGUUCUUGUUCCUGUUCUUGUGCCUGUUCUUGUGUCUGUUCUUGUGUCUGUCCUUGUGCCUGUUCGUGUGUCUGUUCUUGUGCCUGUUCUUGUGUCUGUUCUUGUGUCGGUCCUUGUGUCUGUUCUUGUGUCUGUCCUUGUGUCUGUCCUUGUGUCUGUUCUUGUGUCUGUCCUUGUGUCUGUUCUCGUGUCUGUUCUUGUGCCUGUCCUUGUGUCUGUUCUUGUGUCUGUUCUUGUGUCCGUUCUUGUGUCUGUUCUCGUGUCUGUUCUUGUGUCUGUUCUUGUGUCUGUUCUUGUGUCUGUUCUUGUGACUGGUGGAUGA